AUGUUGUGCAUACCACCGUCUAACCCGCACUUGCCACUGACACCCGUCGCUUGCACUCAGCGCACCUUACCCAGAGGCAAUCUGAUGGUUAGAGAGCGCCUCUGCCACUGCACUGCCCUUCCCCACUGCUCUCUCUGCCAGUCUACUGCUGUCAUGGCCACCCCCAGUGUUCUCACCUUUGACGCUAAGGGUCGGGCUGUUGUCUUUGAGGUCUGGGUAGAUGAUCUGCAGCUUUUCCUACAGUGCGAUAGGGCAGACGUUCUCUCUCUGUUUGACCUCACCUCUGGUGCCUCUCCUGCCCCUGCUGCUGAUGCUGACGCCACUGUUCGCUCACAGUGGGCCACGCGCGAUGCUGCUGCUCGCCUUGCUGUGCGCCACCACUUACCGACCGCUGAGCGCGCGCAUUUUAGUCAGUACAAGAGUGCUAAGACCUUGUACGACGCUGUCGUUGCACGCUACUCUUCCCCUGCCACUGCUGCCCUUAGCUGCCUCAUACUGCCGUACCUCUUCCCUGACCUCGCCGCUUUUCCCACAGUCGCUGACCUCAUUACGCACCUUCGCACUAGUGACACUCGCUACCGCGCUGCACUUCCUGCUGAGUUCUGCGCCAAGAACCCCCCCCCAAUGUACAUCACCCUCUACUACAUAGUCACCUGGCUCCCUGACACCCUUCGCUCGGUUAGGGACCACUUCCUCUCUGUUUUCCCCACCACCCUCACCGUUGACCUCCUCGAGGAGCGCCUCCUAGCAGCAGAACAGAGUAAAGUUGCUGUAGGAGCCUCUCGUGGUGACCCUUGUACCCCUGUCUUUGAGGGGUGCUCCCCCUCCCCCCUCUUGCCCUCUGUUGCCUCUGCUGCUGCGGCCGACCUCGUUGGUCUUGAGUCGGUCGGCGCGGCGUCUCCCCCUAGCGGGAGACGCCACUCAGGCAAGGGCAAGGGGGGCAAGGGCGCUGGAGGAGCUGGCGGGGGCGGUGGAGGCGGAGGUGGAGGCGGCGGAGGGGGUGGGGGUGGUGGUGGGAGUGGUGGCGUGAGUGGGGGCACUAGUGGCGGCAGUGGAGGCGGAGGAGGCGGCGGUGGUGGCGGUGCGAGCGGAAGUGGUGGAGGUGGAGGCGGUGGUGGAGGUAGUGGCGGCGGAGGUGGAGCUGGUCGGGGCGGCUCUUCGCAGAGGGUCGGCUCAGGUGGUGGUCAGCGCCAGCAGCAGCAGCAGCAACGCACUCGUGAGACCCCUUCGCCCCAGCAGCUUCGUGAGUGGUACACUGCUCGUCAGCGGGGCGAGGUGCUGGCCACUGUACCUAUGUUCUACGUACAGGCGACCGCACGGGUGAGCAGUGUGGGGGUCCGCACUCCACCCAGUGCUGCUUCGGCCGCUUGA